AUGACAUUGAAAUUAUUCAGAUCUAACAGGUCUAAUAGUAAAAGUUAUAAGGAAAAUUUCCCGACACAGGCGUUGAACUUCGCCUUCAAGCACAUCUACAAGAAGCUCUUCGUGAAGGGAUUGCGUACCCGUUUGACUGCUGAUGUCGGAAAGGGAGCCACUCGCGAGUUCAACGGACUUGCCGACUGCCUCGUCAAGAUUGCGAAAUCCGAUGGACCAAUUGGACUCUACCGUGGAUUCUUCGUCUCGGUGCAAGGAAUCAUCAUCUACCGUUCGGAAUGUUCGACACUGCCAAGAUGGUCUUCCAAGGAGAUGGCACGGAAGACGUUGGACAAGGCUCCCUUGAACAUGGCGCAAAUGUCUCACUUUGAGAGCUCUAGUCAGGGU